UAGGUAAUGUAGAGGACAUUUCAUGUCGAGUGGGUCGGACUGGUAAAUCUAUUGAUCCGUCUGUGAGCUCCACUGCUCUCUGCUGGGCGGCAGGUGAAUCGCACACAGGGAUCCAUACCUCAACACAGUUGUGUUUGGUUCAUUUCAGCCCACUGCUCAUUAUGAUCACAGCAUCGUGUUUCGCGUGAACAGCUCACUCGCCCAUUUCAUUGGUGCCCGCUGGAAGCUGGGAUGGGCACCAUCCUGCAGGAGCAAGUGGCACAGCGGUGUGCGGAGAGGGUUUCCAGCAGGGAGAGGAAAUGGAAGAAGGAUCUGUGGAGCAUCGCCGGGCCUAAUGUGGGCAGGUACCGCCAGAUAUGCUUAUUAUUGGGGUUACACAGUGGUAACGGAUGAAGACAUGGCUGCUGUUUGUUGCCGUGUCCUCGGUGGCGGCACAGACGCUGGUUGUCGGUGGUGUGACUGCACUUUGAUGUGUAAAUGCUCACUGUGUACGUGUGUGAACAAAGGAGACCGCCAUGUCUACCCUGUGCUGCUGUUUUUACAUUUCAUGUGUUUCAUCGGUCACAUUUAACUCGGAAGAUUUGUUUAUUUCUCUCAAGUAACAAAAUGGGAAGGCGGCAGUCUCAGAGGAAGCCCACACCGCCGCAGCACGCCUUCCCAAGUCAGGAAAAUAACAGCGAGAAAAGGCUGCAACAAAGAAGAAAGCACAAGUCUAACAACUCUUCAGCUAAACGCAAUACUUCUCAGCACAGCACUCACAGAUCCUCAGAGUCAAAGCCUCUUCCAGUGUCCCCCACAGAGGGCAGGAUGGAGCCAAAGGUGCUGCCAGUCACUAAGCGCUCCAGCCACAGACAGCACAAGCAUGCGGGGAGCAGAGAGGGCAAACACACAGCAGCCGUCUCCUACCACUGCAUGUGUGGUUGCAGUACUGAACAGCUGGAAAGACACUCGCCAGAACUGGAGGUCAGACGCCUGAGUCGCCAUGGAGAAGAUGACAGUGACACCGACUUGUCUGAGUCAGAGAGACUUCCUGUGUCAGCCUGCAGUCGUGUUCCUCCUCGGCUCGAGCUCAGGCCAGAGGUCAUCGAGGCCGAGGACUGCUCCUCUCGCAGCCACAGAUCCAAUUUGCAGGGCCAUGGAGGUUUUGACUUCCCAGACUUCCUCCCUCCACCUUUUAAUUCGUGGACCCUGAGUCAGCUGGCUGUUUUCUACAACAUGGAAGGCCGAGGUACCCCCCGACCAAGGCCUGUGGGCCCUUUGGAAAGGUAUCUGGAGAAGCUGCUGCAGCUGGAGUGGCGUCAGAUCCAGACUGUCCAGGAGGAGAGUGGGAAAUCAGCAGUAUCAGAAGUGAUAUCCAGCUGUCACAGGUCCCCUGCUGCUGCCACAUCACGUCUCAGCUCUCCUAAGUGCAUCCUCCAGUGUCAGCGUGCCUUCCCCCUCACUUUCCUCUCCUCCCUGGCUAGUCACUCCGCCCUCCUCUCCAGCUGCGCCUGCACUCUCUGCCGGAUCCGCUGCUCCCGCUGUACUGCACCGUGCUGUUGCUCGACUUACAGCCACAACCGUCAGUCCAGACCGAGUGCUGCGCUAGAGCCCAAAAUACUCCCCAAAAGGAGCUACAGCGAGAGCCGGGUGCACUCCUCAGACAGGGGCUCACAAGCCCAAAGGUUCAGCAGCCCUGUGCGGACCAACAGCCACCUGAGGAGAAUGCAGGCAUCAGGAAACAUCCGCAACCCUGUCCAAGGUGCCGCCACCAGCCUUCAACACACUGCCAGCGACUGUAAUGACGUUGCCUCGAAGGGGGAUGUGUGGGACUACAGGAUGGGUGGGUUUCGGAGGAGGAGCGGCUCAGAGCAGAGGAGAGGUGGAGGAGACAGGAAACAGAACGGAUGGGAGAAAAAACGGAGCGGCUCUGAGUGCAGAAAAGGAGGAGCUGAGAGGAGGAGAGCGGCUAACCUCAAAGAACAGGAAAUAAAACCUGAUGCUGUCACUGCAAUAAUAGACAAUUUACCAGGAUCCAAAUAUUCUCCUAUACAGAGGCCAAGCAGGCCCAAACAGGUGGAGUUUGUCACAUAACAGCAGGUUUAGUGAUGAAUGUGUAAUCUGAAUGUUACAUACUGUCCCCACCUUAAAGUUUUAUUAUGGAUGUACAGUCAGCAAAACUGUUCAUUUGUUAAUGUGAUAUUAUUUUUCUGUGCUGUGGGGAAUGUUUACACAGAUAUGGAAGAGAGCCGCUGGAUAUCCAAGUUUGUGUUUUAUUUAAAAGAACCCAGAUAGCAUCAUGUACUGUAUGUGAUCAUAUGAGGGGAUUUUCACUUCAGGUUUAUUAGUCUUUUGAAUGAAGCAGCAAACAUUACCAAAAGUUAUUAAAGAAUACCAAACA